UUUAUUUUUGUGUGUGUUGUAGGAUUGGUCAAAAGGGAAAGGGUACGGUGGUUACAAAACGUCCAGCUGGGGCUUGUGUAACACGGCCAGUAAGACAGUAACCAGAUUUCCAUACAAGUGGUGGCAGCCAUGGAUUUAGAGCCAUUCGAGCGGGCACAGAUUGACGAUGUUCUGCAGCAGUUGGAGAGUGGCAGUGUGCAGGCUGACGAGUUCCUCUGCUUGGUCUUGUCCAUACUGGGCAGCAGCCGCACUUACUCGCAAUUCCCUGCUAUCCUGCAGAGCCUCAGUAGGAAGGAGCCGGCAAUGUACAGAGAACUGAUGGACUUACACGCUGAGUAUUUCCGCAAGGAGCCUGCUGACCUGGAGACACUGGGGUAUGAGACAGACUUGGAACUAGCUAUUGCCCUGUCUCUACAGGAACAUAAUCAACUGACAGACACAGCUUCAUUUGCUUCUGAAGUGGACCCAGCUCCUAAAAUUUCCUUUGCAGAUGCUGCUAAAUUGUCACAUUUUUCACAUAAGCACAAUAAAAAAAAUUCCUCCUCAAAGACUGAAAUUACUAAGUUAAAAGAUAAUGUGGCUGCGAUGAAUCUUUACCAGGAAAGAAAACGGUAUCAUAUUAAUGGGCAGGAGAAGACUUGUAUAAGUAACUGUUAUAAUGGCCAGCCUGAGCCAGAAGAUUGUGUACUAAAAUCUGAAGAUGGUGAAGACGUUUUCCAUGUAGAGACUUCUAGGCCAAGAGAGAGCAAGGCUAAGCAUAGCAGGAGAAGCCGGAAAAAAAAAAAGUCUGCUCCAUCACGGGGUCUGGUAGCAAUGAAACCAGUUCUUGUUUGGUUUAGGAGAGACCUGCGUUUACAUGAUAAUCCAGCAUUAAUUUCUGCUCUUGAGCAUGGAGUCCCAGUCAUCCCUGUUUUCCUGUGGUGCAUCAAUGAGGAAACUGGACAGAACUUCACAUUGGCCACUGGAGGGGCUACCAAAUACUGGCUUCACCAUGCCUUACUCAAACUCAACCAGAGUCUGAUACAGAGGUUUGGCAGCCACAUUAUUUUUAGGGUGGCCCGUUCAUGUGAAGAGGAACUUGUAUCUCUUGUGCAUGAAACAGGGGCAGACACUAUCAUAAUCAAUGCUGUGUAUGAACCAUGGCUGAAAGAAAGAGAUGAUCUUAUUUCGGAAACCUUACGAAGACAUGGGGUUGAGCUUAAAAAACACCAUUCGUACUGUCUAUAUGAACCUGAUUCAGUCAGUACAGAAGGGGUUGGACUCAGAGGAAUUGGCUCCGUUUCACAUUUCAUGAGCUGCUGUAAGAGGAACAACUCUGCACCAAUCGGAAUGCCACUAGAUGCUCCAAGGUGUCUCCCCGCUCCUUGCAACUGGCCUGAAUCUGAUCAUCUAGAUACACUGGAGUUAGGAAAAAUGCCACACAGGAAAGAUGGCACUUUGAUUGACUGGGCUGUGACUAUCAGGGAAUCCUGGGAUUUCAGUGAAGAUGGAGCUUAUACAUGUUUAGCAAACUUCCUACAAGAUGGAGUGAAGCAUUAUGAGAAGGAAUCUGGCCGUGCAGACAAACCUUAUACAAGCCAUAUCUCUCCAUAUCUCCACUUCGGGCAGAUUAGUCCCCGCACAGUAUUGCAUGAAGCUUAUUUUACAAAGAAGAAUGUGCCUAAAUUUCUAAGGAAACUUGCUUGGAGAGACCUAGCGUAUUGGCUGCUGAUCCUGUUCCCUGACAUGCCCUCAGAACCUGUCAGACCUGCAUAUAAAAGUCAGCGCUGGAGCAGUGAUCUAAAUCAUUUAAGGGCAUGGCAGAAGGGGCUGACUGGGUAUCCUCUGGUUGAUGCUGCAAUGAGAGAACUGUGGCUUACUGGUUGGAUGUGCAACUACUCAAGGCAUGUGGUUGCCUCAUUCUUGGUAGCUUAUCUGCAUAUCCAUUGGGUACAUGGCUACAGAUGGUUCCAGGACACUUUACUGGAUGCAGAUGUGGCCAUUAAUGCAAUGAUGUGGCAGAAUGGGGGAAUGUCAGGGUUGGAUCACUGGAAUUUUGUAAUGCAUCCUGUAGAUUCUGCACUGACUUGUGACCCAUAUGGCUCAUAUGUGCGGAAGUGGUGUCCAGAACUUGCUGGCUUGCCAGAUGAAUACAUUCACAAGCCAUGGAAAUGCGCACCUUCUCAACUUCGACGUGCAGGUGUAAUCCUUGGUCGGAACUAUCCCCAUCGUAUAGUUCUAGACUUAGAAGAAAGGCGUGAACAGUCCUUAAAAGAUGUAGUUGAAGUCCGAAAGAAGCAUUUGGAAUAUUUAGAUGAGGUUUCAGGAUGUGAUAUGGUUCAGAUUCCUGACCAACUGUUAGCGCUUACUUUGGGACAUACCAGUGGUGAAGAUGAAGUUGUAAGAAACAGAACAGGUUCAUUCCUUUUGCCAGUCAUCACCCGUAAGGAGUUCAAAUAUAAAACGCUGCAGCCCGAUACCAAGGAUAACCCUUACAACACUGUACUAAAGGGAUAUGUCAGUCGCAAGCGUGAUGAGACCAUAGCUUAUAUGAAUGAAAGGCACUUCACAGCAAGUACCAUAAAUGAGGGGGCACAAAGACAUGAAAGAAUAGAGAGGACCAAUCGGUUAAUGGAAGGUCUUCCAGCUCCAAGCGAUGCAAAGAAUAAAAGCCGAAGAACACCAAAGAAAGACCCUUUCUCUAUAAUUCCUCCAUCAUAUCUACAUCUUGCUAAUUAGAAUGUAUGUCCCAUUUUUAUUAUGUCAACUAAACAGAUAUUUAUAUUUAAUUUAAGCCUUAUUAAAAAAAAAAAAAAAAUGACUGACAUUUGUCAGUUUUUACUGACCCUUGUAGUGGAACAUUUGUCUUAGAGAUUCAGCUAAAAACUGAAUCUUAAUUUUCCAACGCAGAUCUGAGCACAAUGAAUAAUAUCAUCAUCUCUGAACAAAAAAUUGUGGUAGACAGUUUUCCAGACUAUUAAAGGACAAAGAAGAAACAGCUGAGUCCAGUGCAUCCCAAUUUUGGUGAGGCUUACUUCAUAAUGUAAAAAGAAUAAAAGUUUCACACCAAACUCAAAUCCAAAUAAAGGCAGCUCGCAGUAGUGUAGAAUACUCGGCUUCAUUCACACCAUCCAGGAAGGUAAAAACUCCCAUAAUAUAUUACCAAUGGUAUAGUUACAAGGUUUCAAAAAUCCUGUACCCACUUAGCAGGCAAUGUGAGUAAAAUGUAUUAGGUAAGGGUUCCGCCUAUAUAGUUACAAAUACAAUGUUGAGGAUUACUUUUCAAAAGACAGCUUGAUACCCUCAGCAUUUCAGCAAUGGCAAGCCAUUCAAUUGAUGUGUGGAAAAGCUAAAACAGGUGUCUGCUCACAAAAUGGAUACAAUUAUCAAAUGAGAAAUUGCUCUGCUCCUGGCUUCCAAAGUGUCUUAUGAGGCUCCAUCCCACUUCAUCAGGGAAUGUGUCAGUGUGUACAGCAUCUUUAAAGCACCGUUACCAUGAAUUGACACCAGCAACCACUAGACAUAUAUAUAGCUAGAACAAUAGGUUCAAGUGCAAGUGGUUGUUGGGAGCUUGCCACAGCAACCGCUAUAAAAUUGUUACCAGUGCAAUAGUGACAAAAAACACGAGCAAUAAAAUCAAAUUGAAUACAUACCCAGAGCCCAAAAGCUCUCCAACAUUAGAGAAACAUCAGUAUUAAAUCCUGAUUUUAUUGCUCAUGUUUAUGUCACUAUUGCACUAGUAGCACUUGCUGGGGCAAGCUUCUAGCAACCACAUGCACUUUAUAUGCGCCUUUAUUGUUGUAUAGGUAUAUAGGUAGGAGGGUGAGCACGCACCUGGUGGUGGACCCUAACCUGAAACAUUUUACUCACAUUCCCUUCUCAUUGGUAAUAGGAUUUUAAAACCUUGUAAUAAUACCAUUGGUGAUACACUAUUGGAGUUUUCACUUGUGCGCUCUCUUUUUAUAGGCCUGUAUUUGGAAUGCUUUUCUCAGCUGUAUGGCUGUACUUUGUGGAUUGGCUAAUCUCUGGUUAUUUAAAUAAGAGGAGAAAAAAAAAUCUGAAUCAGAGGUUCCUAACACUGUGCAGUUCUUUUCCUGGACCCAGAGUUUCCAUAUUAAUAGAAACAUAUGGGUAAUUUUGCAAUAGUACUAUUAUUAUUAAUAAAACUACUGCAAAAUUACCCAUACAUUUCUAAGUACCACAUUAAUUAUACUUAAGCUCAGUUAAGACAUGAGAAAGAUCAUCUGAGUCUUCUGAUAUUGUUUCCAAGUACAGCACUAUAAGUUAUUAGAACUGACCAGCAGGUGGUGCUGUUAUUAAAGUAUAUUGGCAGUUAAUAAAAACUAAUAGCUCUGAAACUAGUAAGGCAGUUUAAAGCUACUGAGGUGCAGUGUAUAUUUAUAUUACUAUUUUAUCUGCACUAGAGUAAUUAAAAGUUGAUUGACUGCUCAGAAAUACUGGUGUCGGUCAGAGCUUUCCCUUAUUGAUAUAUAAGCCUACAUGGGACAUCUUUAUUUGAGGCAAACAGCAUUUUUUUACUUGAAUUUUGAACAAAAGUACAAUUAAUACUUUAUAAUUAAUACUGUUUAAAUAGCCCAAAGAGUGUGGCAUGCACACACACAUUUUUUGUGCCUCUUUCCAAGCUGCAAUUAACAGGUUUUAGUGUUAAGAGACCCUAGGCAAGCACAAAACAGACUGAUUUAUUAUAAU